GCUAAUCGGCAGCAUGGCCGCCCGUAGGGCAGCGCAUGGGUUUAACUUCCUCCCGGUGAAAGAGGCGGGCUGCUGUUUCUCGUAUCCAAAGGAGAGAAUUCCAGCUGCUUGUGGAGAGCUCAGCUAGGUAUUGAUUUCCAGAUCUAAAACAACUGCAUGAAAUGAAGAAAGAAGCUCUAAUGGUGGAUGUCCUUAGAAGAAGCCCAUCCAAAUGACAAAAAUGCUUUUCCUAAGACGUUUUCAUCCAUUUGCAACAAGAUGUUAUAACUAUCAAACUUGGAGCAGUGAUACUUUAUUGAACAAACUAAAUAACUUUACAGAUGAACACCAGGUGUUCAGUCUUGUUGCAAAGAACAGAGCCAGACUCUCUGAGAAACACGUGAAAAGUGCAAUUAAGAAACUUGUGCAAGUUCAGAAGAAGAGGCCUUGGUCCUCAGAAACUCUGGAUCAUAUAAGAAGUCAUUCCCAGUUUUUUGUACUUCGUAUUUUAGCAGAAAACAAGAUUGAAUGUAUGGAUAAUGAAGCAUUAGUGGAUGUGUUACGUGGUAUACUCUGGUUCGGAGUUGAGGCCCAUGAUUCACUGGUAGAAGAGCUGGUUGUAGAAGGCUGGAAGCGAUUGAAAGAACUGAGUCCACCUCUGCUAUCUAAAUUUGCAUUGUGUGUGCAUGAUCAACAUCUGCAUCAUAGUCCACUCAUGGGUGAAAUAGCUGAUGUGGUAGAUAAGAAUUUGGAUUCCAUACAGGAUUCAAGGGCCUUGUCAGUUGUAAUGAACUGCAUAUCUUCUGUUAUCUCGCGGAAUUUACAAAACCGGUUAAUAGAAAAGGCGGGAGUCUUGUGCGAAAGAACAAACAUCUCGGUGAAUGAUGCCAGGCGAUUUGUACAGUUUCUCCGGAAUGUCAAUUUUCUGCAUUGGCCGCUGCUGAAAAAAUGUAACAGAAUUUUUGUCCAGCGUUCAAACGAACUACGUGUUGAGGACUUUUCUAUCAUUCUUGGACUCUACCAGAAUCUGCAAUUCAACAACACUGAAUUUAAAUUACUUGCCAAACAAAAGCUGAUGGAAAUGAAGGAUAAUUGCAAUAGUCGGUUGAAUGUUACACAGUUGUUUAGUACUCUUGCACCCAUGGCCCAGCCAGAGAUCCAAAAAGAGUUAAUUGAAAAGGUUCUACUAAUCUCAGAUGAUUUUGAUCGAUACCAAACAUUAGUAGUGGCGGAAAGAAUGCAAGAAAUGAAAUACAGAAAUCCACAACUGAUUCAAAAGAUUGUCUCUCUCCUUCACAAACAUUUGGAUAUGUAUAGAGCAUUUGAGCUCCUCAGAGUGACAAAUGUGCUAGCCAUGCUGCGUUGGCCCAAAUCUGACAUAUAUUCCAAAUUACAACAAUUGUCAAUCUGCCAUUUACAAGUUAAAACAGUCCCCAAUGAUAUUCUUGUGCUGGUUCAUGUUCUUUCUAAUCUGCCUUCUCCUUACAUGGAUGAAGCUGUAGUCGCUCGAAUUGAUGCUGUCAUAACUCAGUGCAAUCUGAGUCAACUCAAUCGCGUUACCAUAGUUCUCCUAAAAUGGAUGAAACAUCACAACUCAAAUCAGAAGACCCUCUCUGGACCAUAUGGGUCAUUUUUGCAAAAAAUUAACAGUUGUGCAUUCCAGAGACUUGAGAAAAUCAACGAUUUGGAUCUUUUGCUGAUGGAAUUAAGAUACAUACAUGGGAAAUGGUUUCAAGAAGUGCUUCUUGAGAAGACCAUAUUUGCUUUGCAUCAGUUGAGAGAUCAAAUUACAUGGUCAAAUGUAGUAAAGUUUGCAUCCUUCCUCAUUGGAACCAACUACCGCUCUAUACUGUUACUUGACAGAAUAGCUGCUGUUGCCACUGAGCAUAUUGAUAAGAUUUAUUAUUCAGAAGUUCAUUUCAUUCUUGUUCUAUUUUCUUUCUUUAAUUAUGAUCCUCCUCAAGCUGAGAAAUUAUUUGAGGCUUGCAUUAGAUACAUCAGCCUUCACUUGGAACAUCUUCAGGCUUCUCUUCUUGUAUUGCUUGGUUUUGCUUUGGCUUCUGCUGGGUAUUUUCCAGAGAAUGUGAUAAAGUCUAUAUUUAAUAUUGAAUUCCUAACCAAGCUGGAUGCUGAACUUCAAAUUCUACCAAGGAAGGUUGCAAGGAAGACCAUGCUUCAGCUGAUGGAACUGAAUCGAGCUGUCUGUUUGGAGUGCCCUGAGCUUCAGAUUCCAUGGUUUCAUAAACGCUUCUGUGAGCAGCUGCAGGAAAAAAAGACUGAUUUGUCCAAUCUAUUGCAACAGCAGAUAUAUAUAAUCCUUGGAGAAAUCCUAGGAAGAAGCCAUUUUGCCAGAUGUUCUGUACUCACUUCUUAUUACUAUAGGAUCGAUUUUGAAUUUAUUCUUGAUAAAAACAGGAAACCCGUUCCAUAUACAGAGCAAUAUCUUGGUGUUGCUAAUUUGGACAAUACAGGUUGUGUUGAAGCUGGUCACUCCUAUGGAAAGAGCGAGCUACCACCAGGAUUUCAAAGAAUUGCUGUGGAAUUCCUUGAUUCAGAAGCUUUCUGCAAAAAUUCAAAUCACGUCAAUGGAAAUGUUGCCAUUAAAAAGCGGCAUUUGGAGAUUCUUGGUUAUCAAGUUGUUCAGAUCCCUCACUAUGAAUGGAAUUCCAUGGAAUUGUCAUCCACUGAAGCAAAGAUUGAAUAUUUAGAAAAGAAAAUAUUUGAAAAACUUUGAUAUCGUAAUGUGAAAAAAAUACAAUGAAUUUUUUUUUAUAUGGACUGUAACAUUGAAAAUUAAUUAUUUUCCGCCUUCAAUAAAGUUAUUUUUUUAAAAUAGAGACCAUUUA